AUGGAGGCUGUACUCAAGACCUCGCUUUUUGGCCAGACUGUGGCCUGGAUGUCUGGAGGGAGACUCUUUGUGAGCCGCGAGAACCAGUCGGACUUUCGAUUGCCGCCUCCAUACCAAGCCCUAGCCGAUCAGCAGCAAUCCCGCGCGUCCCUCCCCCGUCUCACGGAAGAGGAGGAUGGGACCAAACGCAGACUGUCUACCCAACAUGAGAACUCGGGAGGCGCAAUAAGCAGGUGGAUCGAGCCAGAAGUCCGAGUCGAUGGCACCAUCCUGGUGGGAUGGUAUUCAAGCGCCGACAUGGAGAAUCCCAAAAACUGGCCGAUUGGAGCCAAGGUCAUGGUCUACCUGCAAAUCACCGUCUACACUUUUGUCAUCUACUUGUCCUCCUCCAUCAUUUCGCCGGCCCAUGAGGAGUUCAUGGGGACAUUCCAUGUUCCAAAUUCUGUCGCAUCUCUGGGACUGGCCAUCUAUGUGCUGGGAUAUGGACUGGGCCCGAUGCUCUUCAGCCCCCUGUCGGAAAUCCCGCAGAUAGGACGGAACCCACCGUACCUGAUAUCCUUGACUAUCUUCGUGCUCCUCAGUGUGCCCUGUGCCCUUGUAAGUAGCGUCCCUGGAUUCAUGGUGAUCCGUUUCCUACAGGGAUUGUUUGGUUCCCCGUGUCUGGCGACCGGGGCCGCCUCCAUCGCCGACAUUACCGCCGACGUCUAUAUACCCUAUGGACUCUAUAUUUGGGCCGUUGCAACUGUUGCUGCACCGGCAAUCGCACCGACCAUUGCCGGUUUUAGUGUUCCGGUGAAAGGGUGGCGGUGGUCGAUGUGGGAGGUCCUCUGGGCGUCGGCCGCGUGUCUGCUCUUCAUGUGCUUCCUCCCCGAGACAUUCGCCUUGAAGAUCUUGCACCAACGGGCCCGGAGGUUGCGUGCUCUCCGUGGUGGAGUCUGUUUCAAGGCUCCAGCAGACGUUGACGUUAACACCUCAUCCAUCGGACAACAAUUGCGCAGCGCUCUUAUUAUUCCGUGGAAAAUCAACGCCCAGGAUCCGGCUAUUCUCUUCAGCACGGUAUACAUCGCAUUGCUGUAUGCAAUCUUCUAUUCUUUCUUCGAAGUCUUCCCGCUGGUGUACCACGACAUAUACGAGAUGAACCUCGGCCAACAGGGCCUGAUCUUCCUGACGACCGUGGCUGGAACCUUGAUCGUCCUACCAUUCUAUUUUGCCUUUGUCUACUACAGAAUUCAACGUCCCUGGCAGAGGGGACAAGGCCCGUCGAUCACGCCGGAGCGGCGGCUCAUCCCCGGACUACUCGGCGCGCUGCUGGUGCCAACAGGCCUAUUGAUCUUCGCGUGGACCUCCCGGCCGUCUAUCCAUUGGUCCGUCCCCACCGUUGGAUUUCUGAUUGAGACUUCUGGAAUGACCAUGGUCAUGCAAAGUAUCUUCGGAUACAUCGCCAUGGCGUACCCGGCUUACGCGGCCAGCGUCUUCGCGGCAAAUGACUUCGCGCGGUCCACUCUCGCUUUCGCGGCUAUCCUUUGGGCGGGCCCGCUAUAUAGGCGACUGGGUGUGGCUCGAGGAACCACGUUGAUCGCAGGGCUUACAGGGGCUUGCGUCGCGGGUAUGUACGUAUUCUUUUUCUGGGGUUCGUCGCUGCGGCGGAGGAGUCGGUUUGCGUCGGCAUAGCAGAGAUUGUCAAUAGUUGACUGCGUUGUUCGUGGUUUGCUCUGCGAUUAUGGGAGUUCCUUGAGGAUCUUGGUUGAUUUGAUUUUGAGACUGCGUCGGACCCGUGUCUCACCCAUGCGUCAACGGUAUGGGAACUUGAUGCGUGUGGGUUUGAUGGUAUGACAGCGCUGGUUUACGUAGUUGUAUGCUAAGUAGUUGACAUAUCCCUGGCAUUGACCGGCGGUCUUCCCCGCGCUUCCCCGUACUGGCUUGAUGCCCUACUCAGUAACCCGCCCCGCGUUACUACUCCACCAGCGAAACGCAUCCUUCCUUCCCGUGCACGUUCUGGAUGUUAGUCACAAUGUCGAGAGCCUCCUCCUCGAUUCCUCCCUAAUCAGAUCGGAUGCCCGUUCAGCAAGCGCAUACACCGUCGACAC